GGUAAGAUUGAUAUUCUCAAUUUUGAAUCACAACCAAUCAUAACAGUGGUGAUAUUUCUUUUUAUUGGCAAAAACACCUACCUAGUUAGAUAUUUAAGUCUCCAACAAUCAAGCUUGUCACUAAAAAGUCACUGAAAAAUAAACCAAAAAGAGGAACAAGAAUUGUGAGUGUGAGAGAUGCCUUGGAGCAGAAUGUCAGGGUCAGUAUCUUCCCCUACGGUGGAUGUGGUUAUUGACAUGGGCAAUCCAUUCCUAAACCUCACUGUUGAUGGUUUUUUGAAGAUUGGAGCUGUUGCAGCUACAAGGUCAGUUGCAGAGGAUACCUAUCAUAUAAUUCGAAAGGGAAGCAUCUCAAGUAAUGAUUUUGAGAAAACUCUGAAGAAGAUGUGUAAAGAAGGUGCAUACUGGGGAACUAUAGCUGGUGUAUAUGUUGGAGUGGAAUACGGGGUAGAGAGGAUCCGUGGCACUAGAGACUGGAAGAAUGCCAUGGUAGGAGGUGCAGUGACAGGUGCUCUGGUAUCUGCAGCCAGCAACGGCAAAAAAGACAACAUUGCAGUAGAUGCCAUUACAGGAGCUGCAAUUGCUACUGCUGCACAGUUCAUAAAUUACUUUAUCUGAAUGAACUGAACCGGAUGUCUUACUGGGUGUUACUGCAUGUUUGAAAGGGGGUUUCCCACUUGGUCUCUUUUGUUUUCGUCUGUAUUGUUGGUUAAGUAAUAUUUUCUAUGUAACUACUAAUAAGAUGUGAUAUUCAUCUCUUUAUCACUUCAACAUGUUUUAAUCAAUUAUCCUGGCCCAUCGGUUGUUUCCAUGAUAGUAAGUUUGGUUCUCUUGCAAUUUAGUCAAGCUAGCCUAGGGCAAUGUUGUCAAUGACAUGUUCAGC